CGUCAUUCGCAUAGUUGCAAGAAAAGCUUUGCGAUAUCGUUUUUCAAUAAAUUGCAUAGGUUCCAUCGAAGCAACCAUGGAUUUAAAUGCAAGCUUCAAAAGUGAACACAAUCUGGAUUUUUCUGGAAAUUCCAGUCUGGACCUUGGCAGUGAUCAGAAGCGAAGGAGCUCCUCCCGAUCGAUCAAACGUAAGCGUUUUGACGACGAAAUAGUCGAGUACAGCUUGGGUUUGCCGCAGGCACAGAUAAAAAACAUUGGCCGUUCACGCACUUUAUCACAGUCGCUUCCUUUUGGUAGUCCAGGAGUUCCAAUCGCUACGCCGCAAAUAGUUCCACCUGUUUCCGUAUCACCAACUAUCGUAGAUCAGCCACUCGCCGUUCCAGUUCCUCAGACAGCACUAACGGCAGUCAUUACACCGCAACCAAUGCCGCUCCCGCCGCCUGUUGUCCCUAAUCCGGCUACCAGCUUGUUUCAGCAGCUCAACUCAAAUGCCUCGGUCAACGAGAAGAAGAAAAGUUUGAAAAACAGUAAAAAGAAUAAGAAGAAGGGAAGUGGUCAGACGCUGGCCACGAAAGAUUUAGGUCGAUGGAAACCGAUAGACGACCUUGCUCUGAUAACAGGAAUCCUGCAGACCAAUGAUCUGCGGAUGGUUCAUAGGGGUACCAAAUUCUCGUGCAAAUUUACCAUUCAGGAAAUGCAGGCCCGUUGGUAUUCUCUGUUGUACGAAGAACCGAUUUCAAGAAUUGCAGUAACAGCGAUGCGAAAUCUUCAUCCAGAGGUAGUGGAAAGCGUGCAAAGCAAGGCUUUGUUCUCCGUUGCCGAAGAAGAACUGCUUGGAACUAUUAAGUCCAAUGUCAAUCCAACCUCAGAAACGUUUCUAGAAUUGCUAGACAAGAAUUCCACCGUUUUCUACCAAGCACGGACUGCAAAGUCGCUUUACGCUCACUGGCAACUGAUGAAGCAGUACUCACUGCUACCGGAUCAAUCAGUCCAAUCUCUGCCAAAGAGUGACAACAUUCUAUCGUUUUCGGAUGCUGAAGAUCUAAUCAAUGAUUCGGAGCUGAUGGAUCACAAAGACGACACCUUGGAAAUUGAACUGGCACUCUCGGACCGCAAGAGCAAAAAAGAAAUCCGAAGCUUGGAAAAUGAACUGUCCCGUUGGAAUGUUCUUGUAGAUUCUCUGACUGGCAUUGGAUUUUCACCGGAUUUCGAUAACCAAACCUUGGCGGUUCUACGGGGACGGUUGGUGCGAUUUUUAAUGCGUUCACGGGAAAUAAUUUUUGGACGCUCGACGAAGGAUGCAGUUGUGGAUGUGGAUUUCUCGCUGGAGGGUCCUGCUUUCAAAGUGUCCAGGAAGCAAGGCACGAUCAAACUGAGAAGCAAUGGGGAUUUCUUCAUUACGAAUGAAGGAAAACGGCCUCUCUACAUUGAUGGAACACCUCUGAUGUACGGCAACAAAACCAGGUUGAACAACAAUUGCGUUAUUGAGAUCUCAAACUUGCGGUUUAUCUUCUUGAUCAACUAUGAUCUGAUCAAUGCCAUCCGACACGAGAGCGCAAAGAUGAACAUACCACUGAACUAACAUUUGCAUCAUCAAUGUUAUGCAUUAGAAUAAGAUUGUAUUUCAUUUUACCAAUAAACUAUCCUAAGUUCAUCUUGUUCUACAUUCUUAAA